AUGCGGGUGAUACUUUUGGUAUUAGUUCGUUGUAUCCUGGCUUACGAUAGACGUGAUCCCUCGUGGCGUAAGGACAUAAUUGCUGACGCGUCACAAGUUUUGGCGAGGCUAAACGAACCUGCAAUUCUGUCAUGCAACAUUACGAGUGAGCACUUCACAAAUUUCACAUGGCUAAAAGUUGGGGAUGACGAAAGCGAGGAGAUUGUGCUAAAUCCCGCAACCAAGUUAUGGUGGCACAACGAAACUCUCGGUACAAUGGAGCUUAAAUUUACAAAUGUCACACCCGAAGACAAUGGAUAUUACAUUUGCACGGCGAGAAGAUCUAAUAUCACUAGUUACGAUUACGUGGGUCUCGGAGAGUUCCCAUCUAAUUUGAGUUGGACCGUCGAAGUGCGCGGACCAAAAGCCAUUUCCAUAAAAUGGGACAUCGGCCGGUUUUAUGGCCAGUAUUGGAACUCGAUGUUAAUUCAAUACAGGGAAAAUGGUACCGAUCAAUGGCUAGGAGAAUUCCAAUUUUUUACUCCGGAACGAAUGCCUUCUGCAGGCAGUGUCGUCAUCAUGAAUGAAUUGAAAUCUAGCACCGUUUACGAAAUCAAGGGUGUACUUCCGCUUCAGAGACGUGAUAGCGAAUGGCGUUACGCUUUUUCAAAAUGGGUGACUACGUUUGUUUCCGGAAGAAUUAUUCCAGAGGCCAACACCGUCAUUGCUGAAUCAACCGGACGUGCAGUUCUCUCAUGUGACGUGAUAGGGGGUGGAAUCACAAAUUUUAUGUGGCCAGAAGUUCGAAAUUUUUCCGAAAAAUAUUCUACCAAUUAUCGCUGGAACAGUAAAACCCACGUUACAAUGGAACUGGAAUUUGCUAAUGUCACACUCGACGACUCUGGAGACUACAAAUGCCAGGCGCAAUGUCCCAAAAGCCUUAUAUCAGCAAAUAGCAGACUUCGAGUCGAAAACUUUCAUUCUGUCCUUCUCAAGGUCGGAGCAAUCGGAACAGAUCGCAUUUACGUUAAUUGGAACUAUACAAACUUCCUUGUGCCGUUAAGUCGAGAUGCGUGGGUAGUUUUUGCAACUCCAAAUGAACCCGCAGUUCUCUCGUGUGAAGUUGUAACUCCGUCAAAUUUUACGUGGAUGAAAGAGGGAAAUGGUGGAAUCUAUGAGAAUGUUGACAAUUCUACGAAGAAAAGAAAGUUUUGGCGGAAUGACGAAACUCACGUUACUAUGGAGCUUUACUUCACAAGCGUCACGACCGAGGACUAUGGAACUUACAGAUGCAUUAUAAUAACAUCAACUAGCCUUACUUCGAUUCCUGUCCUCCUCGAAGAUUAUCCAAAUGACUUUAUCUGGACUGUCGCAGUUCAUAAACCAGGAUCUGUUCUCAUAAAGUGGAACUUUGACUUGUUUUACUCAAGACACGUUGAUUCGUUUGGAAUUGAGUAUCGGGAAAAUGGUACGAAUCAACGACUACGGACACCCUUACUUUCCACUCCGGAGCGAAUUGUUACUACAGGUUCUUACACCGUAAAUGCAUUGAAACCCAACACCGUAUACGAAUUCAAGGGCCUAAUUUCAAAUCCGAGGGAUCUGAUCUCCAACAAAGACUCUUACGUUUUUUCAAGAUGGGUGACGACGUCCGAUAAAGUUUCCGCAAGGAUAGUUCCAUGUCGUACCAUUGUUAAUGUUGAGGCACACGAACGUGCAAUUCUGUCAUGUGACGUGAUAGGGAAUCAAAUGACAGGCUUCAUCUGGCAACACAAGGGAAAUUCAAGAAAUUCAACCAAUAUUUGGUCGAACAACAACACUCAUGUUACAAUGGAACUGGAAUUUGCUAAUGUCACGACCGACCAAUCUGGAGAUUACACAUGCCAGGCGAACAGUUCCGGCCAACUUGUAUCAGCGCAGAUUAUUCUCCGAGUCAGUGAAUUUGAUUUUGUCACUUGGAAGGUCGGAGCGAUUGGAACAGAUCGAAUUUACGUCAACUGGAACUAUACAAAUAUCAUUAACGAUUUUACCCAUUACUAUAACGAAUAUAUUGGACUUACAAUUAAAUACAAGGCAGAUAAUACAAAUGAGUGGCACGGACCAGGACAGAUUUUCAAUUCAUCCAUUGAUUCAGUUGCAAGCCACUACGCCAUAAGUGGAUUGAGAAAUUUCACUCUCUAUCAAAUCACUAUCAUAUUUGAUUCAUACAAGCGUCAAUUUCAUGGUGUGGUAGAAUCCGUCGUUCUUUCAAAGUGGGUUUCAACGCUUGAGAAAGAACUGGAUUAUGUUCCAACUGUGCGGAUUGUGAGACAAAUUAUGGACACAAUAACGAUCAGAUGGUCGCAACCAGCGCCAGAGCUCCGGGAAUACAUUGACGCCUAUCUUCUAUCAGUCGAAUACAGUAACAAGACAAACAGACAUUUUCGUUGGGAAAAGUAUAAGGCUGGAUACCAUGAUGAAGCGGUUGUGCACCUUUCACCUUCUAUCAGUUAUGAUCUGCAGGUGCGAGCUUGUUUCGACGAUUACUGUCCCGACCAGCAUGCAAGUGCCGUUAUGGAAGGCGUCAUGACCAGCGAUACAGAUGGAAGACAACACUCACGUGAAGAGCAACAUUCAAAACCUGAUACGGAGUUUCCAGUACUGACAAUCGACGUAACUCGAGAUGAAAAAAAUAUUACUACAAACAGCAAUGCCUCGUUCACUUGCAGCAUCAGUGUUCAGGGAUACGAGGGUUGGUGGACCAAGAAAGGGAAUCGCGUCAGGUCUCUCAAUCAUUCUGACAACGAGAUCAGCUGGACUGUAAUUGUGGAAGAUGCUAGGGAAGGAGGCAGAUACGCUUACACCUGUGAAGCAAGGAUGUCAGAUGAUUGGCGCACUAGUAAAACAAUGCUCGUUACAGUGAUACUGCCCGCGGAAAAUGUAAUCAUAGAUGCUGCAACGGUGUAUUCGAGGCCAUUCGAUCCAACCAUUCUGUCGUGCGACUUCUUUGGAUAUCGAUUGUCGAAUUUCAAGUGGCGAACAUUCUGGACUUAUGGCGGACGACAAUUCGACAAAGUUUCCAGUGUGUCAAAGUUCAACGAAACUCACAUCAGGAUAACUGUGUCAAAUUCAAUUGACGCCAUGAACGUGGAUACUGGGAAGUACGAAUGCGAGGCGACGAAUCACAGACUUCAAUACAUCCGCGGAUCCAUUCGUCUCGAUGUCGCCAACGAAUCACCCUUGCAAUUAAACGCCUACACCAUCGGGUCCAAGCUCGUUUGCUUACGCUGGUUCGACAUGGAAUCCCGAGGAGACACGCAUCUGGUACAAUCUUUUCAAAAUGGUUCUCGUGACUGGCAAGAUGCGUUUUCGGUGCCAGUUGUAGGAAACAAGUACUAUAGUGGCUACGUUGUGAGGCAAUUCACACGCAACACUUCCUACUGGUUCAAGGUCGUUGUCGUCAGCGCGGGUGAAAGACUCGCAAGCACUUAUUCCAGCUGGAUUACCCCUACGGAAAAAGACAUUGCGUACUUUCCGAACAUCACCUUGACAUCGAAGUCGAGAAAUUCGAUCGCUAUCGAAUGGCCGAUUCCAACAGAAGAGCUACGUGAUCACAUAAACGUGUACCAAAUAUCAGUCAACUACACGUACAAUGGGAGCAAGAUUGUUUAUUCACAAAAUACUACGCAAACUCAUUUUGUUCUGGGAAAACUUCAGCCUUUAACCAGCCAUGACUUGGAAGUAAGAGCUUGCUUCAGUGCCGUUAGUACGGAUUGUUAUUCGAGUGACGUUCGGAGAGGGGUUUUCACCAACAGCAUAGAUGGGGAAAACAUUACUCCAUAUGAGGAACCCGGGACUCAAGUCGAAACAUGGAUAACUCGGAUAGGAACAGUUGUGCUCCUUCUCAUCGUUCUGGGAACCUGGCAGUUUUACAGUAAAUCAAAGAAGCGGAAGAUUGCUAGAGAAAGACUCGCCUAUUUCUACUGCGAGGAACCGAUUUUUUUCAAUCCAGAACUUGCCAUCAGUGAUCAAGCCGAUUUAUUACCUUACAAUAAGAAAUGGGAAUUUCCACGAAAGCUACUGAAACUUGACGAGGAACUAGGAAGUGGCUCAUUUGGAAUAGUCUGGAAAGCCAGGGCGAAAACGAUCCGUCGACCCGAGGCGAUUUCGGUGGUCGCAGUCAAAACGGUACGACCAACAGCCAGCCUUCGCUGCAUGAAAGCCCUUCUUCGCGAACUCAAAAUUCACAUCUAUCUCGGUCACCAUCCUAACAUCGUCAGCCUUCUUGGUGCUUGUACGAGGAAUCUUGAUUACGGCCAACUCUUAGUCAUCGUGGAAUUUUGCCGCUUCGGGAACUUGCACGACUACUUGUGGCGCUGCAGGUCAAAGUUCGUCGACGAAUUGAAUACCGACUCCGAGAAAAUCCAUGAAUUCCAUGCUGAUGCUGACCCGAUCAACGUUGAAACGAAUAGUACAAACUCGGCACUGCGUCAGAAUGAUACCACUUCAUUUGUGGAAGAUUCAUGUGACAGCAACGAUCAUCCGGGUACCAGUACAAGGGUGGAAGAUUUGGCCGCCGACAGCAACUCGCAAUCACCGGAAAUUAAACCAUCGUCCAAGUACCCGGGUGAUUUCACGAAUGCGGAAUUGGAUCCGGUUCGCACGCAAGACUUGGUGUCUUGGGCUUGGCAGAUUUCCCGCGGCAUGCAAUAUCUUGCGGCUAAAAAGGUGCUGCACGGUGAUUUGGCAGCCAGGAACGUACUGCUUUCCGAAGACAACAUCGUCAAGAUAUGUGACUUUGGCUUGUCCAAAUCCCUCCAGGAAGACGACAAUUGCAAGGACGAGGGAAACGACCCUCUUCCCGUAAAGUGGAUGGCCAUCGAAUCGCUCAAAGACGGAAUAUUUUCGGUAAAAUCGGACGUCUGGUCGUUCGGGGUCGUUUUGUGGGAAUUAUUCUCGCUCGCCAAAACUCCUUACCCCGAAGUGAACCCCGAAAACAUGUGCAAAACACUUAUCGAUGGUUAUCGCAUGAAGCAACCUAAGUACGCACCCAAAAGCAUUUAUCGGAUGAUGCUGCAAUGUUGGAAAGCAAAUCCAUCAGAUCGACCCUCUUUCGUUGAUCUUGAGCGCAGUAUCGGUGAUCUAAUAGAGGACAAAGUGAGAAUGCAUUACAUCGAGUUGUACAGUCGACGUUACAAGACGUACACCGAAAUCACGGAAUUCCGGAAUACAAGGACCCCCGAAAAUCAUGAUCCAAACAUCCUACAGGAACCAAGCGAACCGCAUGAUUGACGUUUUAUUACCCAGGCUUUAGAUAAUAAAUUCAUUCGGUCAACAAACGUAAUUUCUUACAAACUUCGCCUAAUCAACUUUCACUAAAACUUCAAGAACCUGUCUUUACCCUUCUCACGAUGAUUUUACCAAACUUUUUCUGACUUCGGUGGAUCGUAUACUGAGAGAAAUUUUUAGUUCCGGUUACCGCUCAGUCGUUAACUAUUUUCAUUUUUUACCACAAUCGAAAAAUAUAGUUCUGGGUAGGAAAUGAAAAUUAGUUUUAUAUCUGU